GGCGGUCGCGGCCCCGGGGCCGCGGGGCUCUCCCCGCGCCCGGUGGGAGCGCGGAGGAAGCGCCGGGGCGCGGAGACGGAGCGGGCCCCGCACGGGAUGAGCCGCCGCGCCGCCAGCACUGCCGGCCCCGCGCAGGAAACCUUGCCUGAUACUUUCUGCUCUACUUUGGACACUAGUGGGUUAACUGUUGCUGGCAAUUGGAGCUUGAGAGAUUGCCAUAUGCAAUGGACACUGAUCUCAGUUCCCAGGACAGGAAGGACCUGGACAAGUUCAUCAAAUUUUUUGCUUUAAAGACAGUACAAGUAAUUGUCCAGGCCCGACUUGGAGAGAAAAUCUGUACCCGCUCAUCAUCCUCCCCAACAGGUUCUGACUGGUUCAAUUUAGCAAUCAAAGAUAUACCAGAGGUUACUCAUGAAGCAAAGAAGGCCCUGGCAGGACAGCUGCCUGCUGUUGGACGGUCUAUGUGCGUGGAGAUUUCUCUCAAAACCUCAGAGGGGGACUCCAUGGAGCUGGAAAUUUGGUGUCUAGAAAUGAAUGAGAAGUGUGACAAAGAAAUCAAAGUUUCAUACACUGUAUACAACAGGCUGUCUCUACUGCUGAAGUCUUUGCUUGCUAUAACCAGAGUAACUCCAGCCUACAGACUCUCUAGGAAACAAGGCCAUGAAUAUGUAAUAUUGUACAGGAUAUAUUUUGGUGAAGUCCAGCUGAGUGGCUUGGGAGAAGGUUUCCAGACAGUCCGUGUUGGGACAGUGGGUACCCCAGUGGGCACCAUCACUUUGUCUUGUGCCUACAGAAUCAACCUUGCUUUCAUGUCAACCAGGCAGUUUGAGAGGACCCCUCCUAUCAUGGGGAUUAUAAUUGAUCACUUUGUGGACCGUCCCUAUCCCAGCUCUUCACCCAUGCAUCCCUGCAAUUACAGAGCUGGUGAGGACAAUGGUGCAGUAUACCCCUCAGUAGAAGAUUCCCAGGAAGUGUGUACCACAUCUUUUUCCACCUCUCCUCCAUCUCAGUGUGUUUUUACUGUCACAAAGGCACAUUUUCAGACCUCUCCUCCUAUGGUGACGGACACCUUGAAGGUCCCAGUGAUGGGGCUGGCCUUUUCACAUCAACUUUCCAGCUCUCGUCUUUCCUAUCAGCCUGCUGCCCUGGGAGUUGGAUCAGCUGACAUGGGGUAUCCUGUACUCUUUGCUGGUGGCUUGAAUGCUGCACACCCUCACCAGUUAAUUGGUCCAGGCAAAGAAGGGGGAGUUCCCCCAGUUCCUAACCAGCCAGCACAUGGCACUCAAGCUGACCAAGAGAGGAUGUGCACCCCACUGGAUGGAGUCCAUUACUCAGCAGCUACUCCUUCUAGCAGUGAGGACACAGAAACAGUAUCCAACAGCAGUGAAGGAAAAUGUGGCUCCCCACAUGACCUUUUGGAGACCAUCUUUAUCCGGAAGGUGGGAGCUUUUGUCAACAAACCCAUUAACCAGGUGACCAUGGCCAACUUAGACAUUCCUUUUGCCAUGUUUGCUCCCAAGAAUGUUGAGCUGGAAGAUAACGACCCCAUGGUCAAUCCUCCUGAAUCCCCAGAAACGGAAUCUCCUCUACAAGGCAGCUUACACUCAGAGGGCUCCAGUGGCAGCAGCACAGGGAACACCCAUGAUGACUUUGUUAUGAUCGACUUUAAACCAGCAUUUUCAAAAGAUGACAUUCUUCCAAUGGACCUGGGGACAUUUUACCGUGAAUUUCAGAACCCCCCUCAACUCAGCAGCCUCUCCAUUGACAUUGGAGCACAGUCCAUGGCAGAGGAUUUGGACUCAUUACCAGAGAAGCUGGCAGUCCAUGAGAAAAACGUCAAAGAAUUUGAUGCUUUUGUGGAAACCUUGCAGUGAAGCUGUUUCCCAGUUCUGCUGCAGCAAUUCUUCCUCCUCAAGCCGUGCUGGAGAUGACAUCAACAAAUAUCUCUUAUCGCCCCUGCUCUGCCUUUUGUUCAUAUUGACUAGUUCCUUCCAUCAAGUGAGCUUUCUUUUCUCUCUUCAAUGACAGAUACAGCUCAUCUGCUGAUUUCUCCUCAACUUUUCCACCACAUAGUUCUGGACUGCUUUUCCUGCUCACAGUCCGUUUUAAGACUUCAGUAGGGAUACAGGAAGUCAAACUCCAGUGUAUGGGAACUUUCUCUUCAGUCUGUGUUCUGUAUGGAGGGGCUUUGUGGAAAGUUGCCAUAUGCUUCCUCCAAGGGUCCUAUGGUGCAAGUUCCCGAGGUAGAGCUUCUUGCUAACAAACUUCUUCCUGCAGUCUCUGAUCCUGUUAGAGCACAGAAAGCUUUGGCUGAUUUCCAGGGUCUGUGAGUUCAGCAAAUUCAACUGUUUGAAGUCCAGGACAUCCAUUCCACAGAACUGGGCAUUUCAUCCUGACUUCAGAGUGCGUGCUUGGAGCACAGGGAGAGACAUCAGCUUUGGGACCUUCAUAAUCCAAGUUACCUUUGUUUUCUUGCUUCUAAAGAAUUGGGUCUCUACACACUGCAAUGCCCUCUGUUAGGUGGCUGAUAAGCAGGAAUGAAACUACAGGAAUGCUUUCCACAUUUCCUUCCUGAGUGCACUGACACUUGGCCAUGCUGAGUUUAACAGUGUUGACUGUUGGCAAGCCUGCACGUAGCAGCUGUGAUGAUGCUCAAUUCAUAGUCUCUGCUUCUGAAACAUAAUUGUAAAUACUAGGAAUCCUAUUUCUUUGGGGUUACGUAACUAGGAGUCUUCGUCUAAGAUUUUUCCUCUACUCCUUGCAAGCCUUCCUGCUUUAUGGUUAAUAGAUUAUCUUAAUAAUUAAAAAAUAUUUAUUGCUUUUAAAGAAACCUAUAUUUAAAAGAUGUUCUGUUUUCAUGUUAUAGUGCGGGUCAUUCUGUCCUGAUUGCUGCAGAGAGCAAGUGUGCCAUGAACCCUAGCCAGUGAGGCUAGUCUCUCUUUCCAGGAAAGUAUCCAAGAUAUUUAUUUUCUAAGGCAGACUUGAUUAAUAUUAUACUCUGUUUUGGGGACUACGUGUCCAUUGCAUCCAGUCAAGGCUCACUGAUAGAAUGAAAUGCACGGGGCAGGGACUUGGUAGAAAGCUGUUUUUCUGAUAGGCAUGGAUGAAUCUGUAGUGUUCUUUGGCCAUUCAGAAGGCAGCUUCUUUAAAGAAGCACACUUAUUUUGGGAAGCUUAUGGUACUUUUUAAUCAGCUGGCUUUUUAGUAGCUGAAAUAUUAUUUUUGUAAUAAUCCAGCCAUUGACAGUGUGACUGGCUGGCAUUGCUCUAUGGGUGACUUGGCUGUUGCACGUUCUGCCUCAUAUAAGGAUGGGAGGAGAAACAGUGACACUAAACAGAAACUUGGAAAAGGUGGGUUUUCUUGUGGUUCUGUCUCCUCCUGCCCCAUGUAACUAGUGAGCAACUGCAAGACCCUUUACUGUCCAAAUCCACUUAUUUUCCUCCUUGUUUCUUUUAAGUGGAGUUGUGUUGCUUGAGUACUGAGAAACCAUCUUCAUUUCCUCAGAGUGGCUGAGUAACCAACCUUCUAGUUGGUGUAAUGUGGCAGCUUCAGCUUAGCUGUAUUCUUUGUUGGAUGAUUGCCUGCAGCUGAUGGGGGAACCCCAACUCCACUCUGGAACACUAUUUCUGUUCCACUGCUGGAGCAAGGAGCCUAAUUCAGAACAGAGCUUACUGUAAGGCCAGAGCAAUGCAAUGCGUUGAACUUUGAGAAUUUUUGUUGAGAUGUGUUUGGUGGGAGGCCUUGUAAGUUCUAAAACUCCAGGUAAGAGCUUCAUUGAAGGAAAAUUACCCAUCAGAACCUUUUUAUUUUACUCAACUGAUUCCACUUCUUAGCAACCUCACAUGGAAAUUGCUUUGUCCAUGCAAAGUAAGGUACACAAAUAUUUAAGAAAAGUUCCAAGAUAAACCAGUUUAUAACAGGACUUCAGUUACAUGGGCUGUAACAAAUUAUUGAUACCCAUCCAAGAGCCACCUUGUUUCACAGGUGGAAAGGGUUGCAGAAGGGUGCAGGAACACAAGGAAUUAAUGGAUCAACUGCCUCUCACCUGUGCUCAGGAAACUGGUUUGCCACUUUGUAGGCAGUAGCUCAUAGAGAGCUGGUUGUCAGCUUGAGUCUCUAAAGUGAUACAAUCUGGGCUGCAGAGCAGCAGAGAUGAGGCAAAGGGCUGGUUCACACCCUAUGAAUAGAGAAUAGUUGAGGUUAAACUUCAUCUAGCCAGCACUCCUGCUGUGCUCUUCUGCUGACAAGCUGUGGAGCUGGCAGGGAGCACUGCCAUUCUUGUUAAUCCCACACAGGAGGUCAGGGCUUGUACUUGUGCUCCUUUAUUGAUGGAGUUCCUAACAUGGCUACAGCUUUCACAUCUCAUAAGGCAGAAUGGCACUGUGGCGUGUUUUCUUCUCUUCAAAAGGCUAGAAAAUUGUCUCUAUAAGCUGCUAGUGUUGAGCUGGAUGGCCAUAGCAAUAAGAGAUUCUCCAGGGCUGAGUUACCUGCCUCUUCUCUAGGCAGUUCUCAGUUUCAAAACACAGUUGCUGCAUUUAGGCUCUGAGUUUCCUGACCACUGCACAAAUGCUCUGCUUCAGUAAAGACUUAGCUGCUGCUGUGGCCUGCCACAGAUUGUGUUAUGAAGGCUGUUUGUUUUAGCAGCUCUCUGCUCAGCUGAAUAUUAAGGACCUUAUCUACGUAGCUGCUGAUUUACAGAUACUUUGGGUGGACAGGAAGGUUCCUCAAGUGUAUUGUUUUGGAAAGUCUCCAGUGUACUUCAAGUAUUCAAAGAAUUUCCAAUAAAACUUUUGUGUAAGCAA